AUGACGAUCACCGUGGUCCAAGCGAAGCUCGCCUCAAUGAUCGCCAUCGGGGUUGGCAGCUUCAUCGUCGGUAUCGCUCCGGUAUGCUUCGUCUCACGUAUACGGGAUCUUCAGCAAAGGUUGCUGCUCUCCUGCACUCUAUGCUUCGGCGGUGGUGUCUUGCUCGCGACAUCAAUCCUCCAUAUGUUACCGGAAACACGCGAGGGCUUACCCAAACACGCGGAACUGGUGUUCGCUUCCGGGUAUCUUUUGCUGUACAUCGUUGAUGAGGCUAUCCACUACUUCUGGGGCAGCGACGUCGACUAUGAUCCCGAGUUGCAUCAGCAAGAUUAUAAGAACCGAAACCCUGGGAAUCAGAUAGAGCGUUGCCGAGCUCCCACACAUCAAUCACUUUAUCAAACAAAUCUCUCUGGGAAUAGAAUGAACAACAGCUGGAAAAGUACCUACGGGGCGGUUGAAUAUGGGCCUACAGCCCCCGCGUCUUGUUACAUCGAGGAACAGACAUUUUUAUGUCACGGUAAUCACACUGAACCGUGCGCCAAUUCCUCUAGUACCAGCCUGGUUGGUCUUCUGCUGGCGCUUACGGUGCAUUCGAUCCUCGAGGGACAAGCGAUCGGUUUGCAGAAGGCGACCUCCGAGGUAUUACUCUUGGUUGGAGCAGUGGCCUCCCAUAAAUUCGUCGUAGGUUUUUGUUUAGGUUUGGAAUUAGCUGAUUCUAGUGGUUCUAUCGCUAGGCUACUAUUAGCGAGUUUCGUCUUUUCUGCUGGAUCAGUGGUUGGCAUUGGAUCUGGAAUGAUAAUGCUUCGAAUGCGGUACGAAUGGAUGAAGAUCGGAUUGCCGAUUUUGCAGGGUUUAGCCGGAGGAUCUCUGUUGUACGUGACGGUCAGCGAAAUUCUUCCUAGAGAAAGGGCGCGAUGGCACAUGAACCCACAGCGUUCAGCGGGUAUUUUUCAGUUCUGCUCUGCGUUCGUCGGUUUCGUAAUUAUUUUUUUGUUGAACAGCUAUCUGGGUACGUGA